CAUUUUUUAUCAAGAUAAUUUUACAUUUGCUUGAGACUAAAUAAAAUAAAAAGUUCUAUUUGACUAAAAAUUGAUUUAUUGAGUAUAAGAGUCAGUGUAUUUACAAAAUCGUAACAAAAUGCAAGGAACUUCUACUUCUUCAGGGGAUGUGUGUGCUCCGUUGAAACGAAAAAUGAAAUUCACCGAUAUGAAUAUCGAUUGUAUCGAGAGCUGUUUAGAGCAUUUAAAACUCGAUGAUCUUUUGAAUGCAGCUGCUUCAAAUAAACGUUUAAAUCGGGCUGCUUCGUUUAUUUAUCAUCGAAGCUAUAGUACCAAGUUAAUUCAUUUAAAUAUCGUACCAGGAAAUCGAUCACUACAGUUCCGACCGAAUUCUCGUAUCGAGUUUUGUAAUUUAAUGUCAAGCUUACGUUUGCUACGCUGUUUCGGCAAUCUCAUAAAAAACAUAUUAAUUUCGUACAAAGGUGUUUAUAAAAUUGUUGAUGACGAUCUAGAUGACAUUGGCAUAAAUAAUUAUGAACUAACUCUGCGUGCAAUUGAAUAUUUAAAUGAAUAUUGUACUGAAUCCUCGACUCUUAUUCAAUUUAACAAACUUAAAAAUGUACCGGUAUAUUUAAAAGAACAAUUCAAACAUGUAACAAAGCUUCAAAUGGUUGAUUGUGAUUUUACUGAAUUGGUUGAAAACAAUUCUUUUAAUGCUAUAUUUCCAAGAACGGAAGAAUUUUUCGUGUCAAUAACUGAUUCGAUACUAUAUCCUACAAGUUCAUUCAAAUUUAUGGCAAAUCACUUUCCAUUCUUGGAAAGAUUGCAUAUUCGUCAUUCGGAUCGCUAUCUAAUUGAGACACGUUCAUUGAAGCAAAGUUUAACAGCAGCUAUUCAUUUGAAUCCACAAUUGAAACAGCUAACCAUUAAGCAGUAUAAUUCAUUUUUCGACGCAAAUUUUCUUCAAAGUGUCAACAACAGUCUAAAAAAUUUAGAGUUCCUGGGACUUAGCAUGGACGAGGAAUUCAAUUCAAAAGCUAACGGUGAAUUGAUACAAUUUAAAAAUCUCAAAACGCUUGAGAUUUACAUACAAUCAAGCGCAGAAUCAUUUCAAAUCCCAUUUGCCAUUGAUAAACUUGAAGUAUUGGUGUUUGCAAUGAAUGUAAGACUCACCAAUUUUUCAUACGAAUUUAUUGAAAAACAUCCAUAUCUAACGAAUUUAACGUUGCAUGCAAUAAAACAUGAACAUGCUAUAAAUUCCAGAAUAAAUGUAUCAAGAAUCGCUAAUUCGUUGCCAUUACUUGAGAAACUAAAAUUUGCCAUGAAUAUUAACAUUACAAUCGACGAAAUACUUCCACACUGCACAAAAUUCAAAUCACUUAACGAAAUGUCUUUCUGUCAACAUGGAAAUGUUGAAGUCACUGCUUUGAAGCCAUUCGAAUCUAUUGGAUGGAGUGGAACUGUUGAACGUAUGUCACAAAAAACUCGAAUUAAUCUCAAAAGAAUUAAAUCCGAGUAAAACAAUCGAAAAAUUGUUCCAACAUAGUAAUUAGUUAAUCUCUGCAGACUUUCAGCAGACUGUUCAUAUGAAAUGACAAAAAUUGUGACAUUUAUCGAUUGGCUCUUCAACGUGUAGUAUUUUAGUAUUUUAGAUAUCCAAAUUCACAAAUAUUUUGAUAAUUCCGAUCGGAGCUAAAUUAUUCAAUUCAAAAAUCAA